GGAGCGUGUGGUCCUGGCUUCGCCUCGCCUGUGGAUGCGAUGAAAGGUCCCCGGGAGGAGAUUGUGUACGUGCCCUGCAUCUACAGGAACACUGGGAGAAAGAAACCUGACUUUCUGGCCACUGUGGAUGUCGACCCCAAAUCUCCGCACUACUGCCAGGUGAUCCACCGCCUGCCCAUGCCCAACCUGGGGGAUGAGCUGCACCACUCGGGCUGGAACGCCUGCAGCAGCUGCUUCGGGGACGCCACCAAGAAGCGGAACCGCCUGAUCCUGCCCAGCUUCGUCUCCUCCCGCAUCUACGUGGUGGACGUGGGAACCGACCUGCGGGCUCCCAGGCUUCUCAAGGUUGUCAACUCGGAGGACGUCUUCUGGAAGUGCAACCUGGGCUACCCCCACACCUCGCACUGCCUGGGCAGUGGUGAAAUCAUGAUCAGCACCCUGGGAGACCCGGCCGGCAGUGGGAAAGGCGGCUUUAUCCUGCUGGAUGGCGAGACCUUUGAGAUUAAGGGGAACUGGGAGAAAGGGGACAAGAUCCCCCCAAUGGGUUACGACUUCUGGUACCAGCCACGCCACAAUGUCCUGAUCAGCACCGAGUGGGGGAUCCCAAAAUGCCUGGGGUAUGGAUUUGACCCGAAUGAUCUGAAGAAAGGGCUUUACGGCCGCCGCCUCAAUGUCUGGGACUGGACCACUCACACCUACGUCCAGGCCAUCGACGUGGGCGAGGAUGCGGCCCCCCUGGAGAUCCGCUUCCUCCACAACCCCGACGCUGCCGAGGGCUACGUGGGCUGCACCAUCAGCAGUGCCAUCCACCGCUUCUACAAGACCGAGCAAGGAGACUGGGCAGCCGAGAAGGUGAUCCAAGUCCCCAGCAAGAAAGUGGAGGGGUGGCUGCUCCCGGAGAUGCCAGGCUUCAUCACCGACAUCCUCAUCUCGCUGGACGACAGGUUCCUGUACUUCAGCAACUGGCUGCACGGAGACAUCCGCCAGUACGACAUCUCCGACACCCGCAAGCCCAGGCUGGUGGGGCAGGUCUUUGUGGGUGGCAGCAUCGCCAAGGGGGGACCCGUCACCGUGAGCAGGGACGAGGAGCUGUGGUGCCAGCCGGAGCCAUUCUCCAUCCAGGGGAAGAGGGUGCCGGGGGGACCGCAGAUGAUCCAGCUGAGCUUGGAUGGGAAGCGGCUGUACGUCACCACCUCCCUGUACAGCGCCUGGGACAGGCAGUUCUACCCCGACCUCAUCAGGGACGGCUCCGUCAUGCUGCAGCUGGACGUGGACACGGAGCGGGGUGGCCUGGCCGUCAACCAGCGCUUCCUGGUGGAUUUUGGGAAGGAGCCCGACGGGCCCUGCCUGGCACACGAGAUCCGCUACCCCGGCGGGGACUGCACCUCCGACAUCUGGGUUUAGGCCCCUUCAGCUGCCCCCGGAGCCUCUGAGCGCCCCCAAACCCCCAAACACAAGGGCACUCCGGGCGCUCAGCAAUAAAUCUGGGGGGCUGCCGUCCCCGCAGCUGCAGCAUCACGUCUUUAAGUUCUCUCUAUGAGCCAGGAAACAAAAUAUGUGACCGAACCAGGGCUGCAAGGCCGCCAGCCCCUCUGAACCGAUGGGGUGUUCUUAGUGCGCCCCUCGUGCUGCUGCCUGUGUUCCCCUGAAAAAGCAAACCUGGUUUGUAUGCUGGGGCUGGCACCAGUGCUGCCUGCGUGAACAUGGGCUGCAUGCACGCAUGGCAGGUAUGCACCGCACGCACACGCCCAGCAUAUGCAGCACACGCACACAUAUUGCAUACCCAUGCUGCAUGCCGUUCAUGCUUACACACUGUGCACGUACUGCGCAGGCACCUGCUGCCCACAGGAACACACUGCACACACGUGGUGCGCACACAUGCGUUAUGCAGGCAUCACAUGUGUGCACUGCACACCCACACACCACAUGUGCACCCACACAUUGCAUACGCACUGUGCACACAGAGUGUGCACACUGAAUGUGGGCCUUACACCCACUGCAUGUGCAGGCACAGCACAGACAUUGCAUGCACGAUGCAUGCACACUUGUUGCACGCAGGUUACAUGCACGUUGCAUGCACAGACCCACUGCACACCCUUUGCAGGCACGAUGCAUGCACAGACCCGCUGCACGCACAUUGCACACACGAUGCAUACACAGACACGAUGCACGCACAUUGCACGCACGAUGCAUGCACACCCUUUGCACGCACGAUGCAUACACAGACCUGCUGCAUGCACAUUGCACGCACGAUGCAUGCACACCCGCUGCACGCACGUCGGACACACGUUGCACGCACACGCGCGCUGCACGCGUGUUGCACGCGCCCGCGUUGAACGCAGACGCACCGCACGGGCACGGGCUCGUUUACACUUGCGCUUCCUGCUUCGGCCCCACCAAUCAGAAGCCUGUUACUAGGCAGACUUCAGCUGACGCACGACCACUCCGGAGGC